CGGGCCCCGGGUGGGCUUGGGGGCGGAAGGUCAACCUGAGGUGGGAGAAGGAAGCCAGCUUUGCCCUGGUUUCAACUUCGUUCAGGAAAAGGAAAGGGAAAGUGAUGAAUGGACAGUGUGAGCGACGGGGCGGAAAAUGUGAAUGAGCCUCCGAGCUUCUUCCAGCUACAUUGCAGGAUCUGCGGGAAACUGGGCGCUCCACUUAAUUCGAGUAUUGCCAUCCCUACGCCCAGCUGUCACAAACGUGACUCACAAAUCCAUGGAGGGGUGUUUGUCGCCCACUCUUUGCCUGCACUGUACACGGAAGGGCACCCGCUCUAGAAAUGGACGAAAGGGUAGAAGCUUCCUAGUUGAGGCCUUGUGACGCUGCCAGGACUCUUUCCCGCUGGCCUCCUAGAAACCUGUCAUCAUUCACAAACUUCUGUGUUAGCACCUUGGCCCAGAAUGGGUGCUCAGAAAACGAGUGUUAAAUGAAUUGGUGAGUCGCCUGAGACCUGAAUCACUGCCACAGAAGCAUCCCUGGCCCAGAUCAGAAUGGAAGCACUGGGGCUCCAAGUUUAAGUUGAAUUCAAUACUCUGAAGACUCUAAGGAACCAUCAAUGACAGCCACUCAAGGAAACACCAUGAAAAAUGCUGAUAUCAAGAGACUACUGUAUACCCAUCUUUUAUGCAUAUUCUCAAUUAUCCUAAGCAUCUUCAUUCCAUCAUUCUUCUUGGAGAACUUCUCAGUAUUGGAAACUCACUUGAUGUGGUUGUGCAUCUGUUCUGUUUUUGUAACUGCCGUCAAUCUAGUAUUAUAUGUAGUGGUAAAACCAAAUGCAUCCAGUAAAAGAAGUUCAUUAUCAUACAAGGUAACCAGAUUUUUGAAAUGCUGUUUCUACUUUCUUAUGUCUUGUUUCGUCUUUCAUGUAAUUUUUGUUCUAUAUGGAGCACCAUUAAUAGAGCUGGUGUUGGAAACAUUUUUAUUUGCAGUGAUCUUGUCUACUUUUACUACAGUACCUUGUUUGUGUUUGUUAGGACCAAACCUCAAAGCAUGGCUAAGAGUUUUCAGUAGAAAUGGAGUUACGUCCGUUUGGGAGAAUAGUCUCCAGAUCACCACAAUUUCUAGUUUUCUAGGAACAUGGCUUGGAGCCUUUCCUAUUCCACUCGAUUGGGAAAGGCCAUGGCAGGUGUGGCCCAUCUCCUGCACGCUCGGAGCAACCUUUGGCUAUGUGGCUGGCCUCAUUAUUUCACCGCUCUGGAUAUACUGGAACAGAAAGCAGCUUACAUACAAGAACAAUUAAGUGGAACAAAGGAAGAUUUUUUUUGUGUGCAGAUUCCAUAAAGACUGUGCAGAAAUGUAUAUGGUCUAAGCCAGGCAGUCCCAUUUACAGCACUGUUUUUUAUGUAGUUACAUGAUGUGAUUGUAGCUUUUUAAACUAUGAAACCCCUGAGAGAUUGUACCUUCUAGUUGAAAUAAAGUAUUUAUAAUAGA